GUCCAUACGAUCGAGAUCACGUGUGGGCGCUCGAUCACUUUCUGCUUUUGUUGCUGGAGCCUGGAGGGUUUUCAGUUUGUCACUUCACGCUCAGCGACAACGAUGGCUUCGCUGGUUCGAACCUUGCCACGGGCACACUCCGCUUCAUCUCGUAGACUACUCUGUCAAUCACAUAGAAUUUCUCCAGUUCUUGCAUUCUCUUCAAAUUGGAAUCAUGUUCAGAAACGUACGCAAGCAACUGUAGCUGAAUCGGGCCCAGCUGUGACAGCAACGAACCGUAAGAUAAUUCGGUGCUGAAGCAACGCUUAAGCGAUUCUGGAAAACAGUCGGGAUUGAGAAACGUGAUAAUGGACAUCUCGUUACGCUUGACAAGAGACCUUUAAAGACACCUAGUGGGAAACACUUGUUAUUACCGAAGGAGAAGAGGCUUGCUGCCAUACUUGUGGCCGGUGAAUGGGAUAAUCAGGACACAUUACUGAAGCAGCAUUCGUUGCCUAUGACUUCGCUCACUUCCCGGGCUAUUGAUGCUCUUGGGGACGAAGAGACUCGAAAACAAGUCCGAGCGCAACUACUCAAGUACCUCGAGACAGAUACGAUCUGGUAUUCACCUUUCCACCAAACAGAACCGCAGACAAUAGUCGACCUCCAGGCUCAACACUGGAAUCCCCUUCUCGAUUGGGUUCAGUCUGAGUUUUCCGUACAGAUCAGCACGUCGAACUCCUUCUUCCGCCCAGUUCAUCCAGAAGAGACGUUCAAGAAGUUUGAUGAGGUUAUGCAGAAAUUUGACCCUUGGGAGAUGGCAGCGAUGGAACGUGCAGUGUAUACUUCCAAGAGUUUCAUCAUCGCACUCGCCCUCAUCAAAAGACAGAUAACAGCUGAACAGGCAGCUCAGGCUUCACACGUUGAGGUGAACAGCCAAAUUGAGAAAUGGGGCGAAGUCGAAGAUUCACAUGAUGUGGAUUACCAUGAUGUUCGGAGACAGUUGGCUAGUGCAGCUGUUUUGUCGUCGAACCUAUAACUUUAUCAAGUCUAAUCGAGAGCCCUUGUCGACGACUUCUGCACGCAGGGAGUACUAUACAGCUACUAAUAUAGUCCACACAACGCAGGAUGUCCAUCGGUCUAUUAGCAUUAUCUUUCUGCAGAUUGUGAAAUCCGUCGCUUACCAUGCUGUCUCUUCAAACGAUAUCCUCGCGGCGGUGCUCAUUGUAUCUACUUGACUGUUCGUGGAGUCUCGAUCCUUCGUACAGGACGAUUAAUCCAAAGUCCCAUUAUAUACAGGUAAUGGUACAUAUGCCUAUUUUCCCGUUGAUUCUUCUCUCCGUAGUUACGACUUCUUAGUCUUACCCCACACUGCUUCCCGACCUUGCUGCUUCGACGCCUCAUCACCU